UUGACGAAAGUGAAUAAAAUUUCGUUGUCAUAUCGUAUUUUGAGAAGAAAAAAAAUCAACUGUUAAACUAAAAUCAAAUAAAAUGCAUAAAAUACGGCUGUACGUAGUUCCGGAGGUACUGGAAGAGGAACCAGAAGAUGUGGUGAUCGAUGACUUGGACUCGCCAACCGAAUUGCCACCAGUUAUGCAGCGGAGGAAUUCCCGUCGUCCUACGGAUCGUGCAGUCCGAUUGAACGUUAUCCAAAAAGAUCGGAGAGCCGAUUCCCUGGUUCCAAAACUCAAGCAGAUACGUCAGCAAAUUGGUAAAACCGAUUGUCAAACCGAUUCCCUUACCCCGAUUGUUUCUAAACAGAACAUCAAUUUAAACAACAAUAACAAUAACAAUAACAAUAAAAUAAAUAACAACAUUAUUAAUAAUAUAAACAACAUUAACAACGGCAAUAAGAAUAAUAACAACGGUUUAGAAAAUUGUAAAAAUGUAACAAAAAUUGGAAAAAUUACACCACUCAAGAUGUCACAAACAAACAUGGCCGCGUUGCCGAAGAAGAGCGUCUUCGCUUCGCCCAGGAUCAAGGAGCUGGCCAUAAAUCUUCAGGAGAAGAUGGUAGAGCGACAGCAAGCUAAAUCGUUCAGAAACCGUUUGGGAUAUGCAACGGAAGCAGGAGACGACGCGAUUAUCCAAGACAGUCUGCGGAAGCAGGGCGUGAACUCGAUUCCAUUGUCCGAUUCGAACGUCAGGAACAGGGACGUCACCCCGCGAAAGAUGAUUAGAAAUGAUAGUCCUGCUUCAGAGACGUUGAGUUCCAUCAUCGAGGUCUCGUCACCUUCUGCAGUUGAGCCUCAUAGUGUAACGGCACUGCCGAAAGUACAAGUGAUCUGCAACAACAGGCGAAUCACGGUCACAUCCAGGGGAACCAACGCCGAUACGUAUCGACCUGCAAUAGCGAUUUCGGAUGGCGGGGAAGUCGUGAAUGCAAACACAGGACGUGUGUCGAAUUUGAAUAACGAUAGUGAGGAUAACGAUGCAGCGACAAAGAGAAGUGCGGCGGAGGUGACGCAGUCUAGGAGUGAGACUGGUAUCCUUGAAAAUGGAAGCAACUCCGUCAUUUUGAGGAGGAAUAAUAAGCUCAACAGAUACAGGGAAUAUGAUCUCGAGCAGAAGAUCGAAGUCGAGAUCAAAAUGCGAGAAGGAUCAGCAAGGCUUUUGGCAGCGGCUCGACAUCGCGCUCAAAGCCUGGAAGCCGCCAGAGCCCUGCUCACAUCUAACGAACGCAUGUCAGCCUACAUGGCGGAGCUUCAACGACGUAAAAAAGAAUCAUCUAACAAGCCUAGUUUACCCGUAAGUGCGGCAAGAGUCUCACUGUCGGACCUCCGAAUACCAUUGAUGUGGAGGGAUUCAGAUCACUUCAAGAACCGGGGUGAUUAUCGACGAUUCGCUGUAUUCUGCCUGGCACGCGUUGGGACCGAAAUCCACGAUACGGCCUUGCUUUGUCCGGUAGACAGGGCACUUACCGAUGUAACCUUCCCCGAUGUACUUAUCUUCAACAACGUGCCAGCCGAAUUCGAGGUCACGCUGGAGAUAUACAGCCACAUAUUGCAGGAGGAUUUGAGCAUCGCAAGCACGCCCCGUAGAAUCAAACGGUCCAUUCACUCUUCCAUUUCCCGAACAGUUGGAAAAAGACUCGCUGCCUCUCUUAGGGAUGAAUUAAACUCUGGAGAAAUUGGACCACAUUUUGAAUUAAUGGCAUCUGCAAGAUUGACUCUAGACGACACAGAUGACAACAUACACACGCACGACCUUAUUCUAAACAACUUAGAAAAUAAAAAUCACUCAUUGCCGCUCUUCGGGCACUUCUGCUGCCGGCUGGCUGCGCAACCGGAAUGUGUUACCAAAGAAGCAUGCAGUGGCAGCAUCAUCCUUGACGGACAAACCUGCUGGGCAAGAAUCCAAAGAUUUACACUUCAGGCUUGGGACUCGCGAAAACUCGCUGACGAGGAGCAAAGUCCAUUCAGCAUCGUGCCGAUCAACAGGGAAACGUUAAUUCAACGGUCAAAGUCUUCAUCCAGAGAGCUACGAAUCAGCAAUACGAUUGAGGGGUCUGAAAAAAUAACGACUUUAAGAUUAGAAACUGCUGACGAGGCACAGAAAUGGUUGAGGCAACUCGUAGCUCAUGCAAAGGAUCAUUUGAGGUGGAGGCAUGCCGCUGAAACUAUCCAAGAUGUUCCAUCUAUAGAAAGUGCUAGAAAUUCAUUCAUCAGCAACAAGCGUCAGGGAUCCCUUUACGACGAAACGCCAUUGAUCGAAUCUGUUGAAACAGAUUACGCAGCGACACGACCAACUGUCCACGAGAUUUUUGGGCUGACUCCUAGCACCAGUUUGAGCAGUUGCAGUUCAACAAGCAGCCCUCCAAGCCUUCGUUCGCGAUCAUUAAGUACCAGUGGGGCCAGAAAAUCAGGCAGCGCGACCCUGCGAUCACAUUGGCCAUUCUCAAACAAAAGUCACGAUUAAACAUGUGAUAAUUGUAUCGACCUUUCAACUUUUCUACAUUCGAGUAACCGUGUAAGAUAAUCCUUUUCACUUUUUGGAUGAGAAAUACUUGGAGCACGGAAGUCACGAUUAAUUAAGAAAAAUCUUUCGAUUUCGGUCAAAGACAUUUUGCCCUGGUCUAGUUCACUGAAAUUGACCUUUCCACGGGGACGCGAACCUUGUUGUUCGUUUGAUUGUUCUAUAUAUCUUUCUUACUUGACUAUGCGUAAUGUGAAUAAGAAUCGAAAGAAAUAAUUUUUAAAUUAUGUAGCAUAACCACGGCAAUAUAAGUCGUUCAUUUCGCAGCAUAUAAAGUAAUUGCUGUUGUGUUCAACACAUGAAAGGCUGUAGUCAAUUUUUGAUUAUCAUAGACAUUGCACCUCCGAGGCAUAUUGAAAGAUAUGAUAAUAUUUCAAAACGUAAAAACAAAUAAUUAAAAUGCACAUAUUAUUCGUCCGUUAU